AGCAUCACCACCAUCGCUCUCCCCGCUCUCCGCAGCCAUCGUGUGCGGCUCCUUUGUCGUCUUCCUGCCCAAACCCAUGUCAGUCUGUGACUUGUUGUUGUGCGCCAAAACCCGACCAAAGAGAGAAGAAGACGCACCAUGGCCGGGUCGUUUGUGGUUGACAUUGACUGGGCAGGCACUGGCACGCACUGCCGCGUGCAGACGCUGCCACUGGCAGGCGGGUGCAUCAGCCGCCUUCCGGCCAAAGACAUCGCUGCACAGGUGAGCGUGUGCUGUCCCACCGCAAGGAAUGGGCUGGACCCGCGCGCCCUGCUGGGCGAUCAUGAGCCUGAACAAGUGUUCAAAGCGAACCUGAGACUAUCACAGCUGCUCAACCAUGACACGCUGCGCCAGUUGACCACACAUGGCGUGUGCUGCGCGUCCACAAACCUCAACGCCCGCGCCCCUCCCUCACUGUGCUGUGUCUUGGAUGCUUCGGGCACACUCACGAUUGUCUGCGACAAGGACACAUUUGAGACCAUUGGGCUGGAAGCGGCACACACCAUCUAUGGUCGCCACUACAUUCGCCUUGCACUACCGUCUUUGCUCGGUGAUGAUGGCAAUGGCAGCAACGAUGAACAAGAUGCAACAUUGCGACGCGUUCGAUGGUGUUUCGCCAACACUCUCACAGACACCUUUCAAGUCUUCGUCACUGUACCUCCACCCCCACAAGGGAAGGGAAGGGUACCAGCGGCCGUGUUACAAACUGUCUUUGCUGAUAUGACUCCAGUACAACCACGUCGAUCCACAAUCGAGGCAACAACGACCCGCGGAGACAUGCAGGCGUGUGUUCGCGAGUGCCUCUCGCUUCUGCAUGACAAAGACCCUUCGCCCAUUCUGGAGCCAUUUGAUUGCUUGGGCGCGUUUGCCCUUGGCACAUGCCCGGCGGCUGCCAAGGAUGAGGUUGCGAGCUGCUUUGAUCUCCAAACGCUGCCUGCGUCGAAUUCCGCCAUCGAAGUCACAACGGCAACAACCGCGUGCUUGCUCUCGUCCUCAAUCCUCAACGGCCUCGUCGAAAAGUGUCGUGAUGCAGUGCACAACAGCGAUGACAACGAAGGCGACGCUGUGCCAUGGUGCGCCAUCACCUUGCAUGGGUACGAGCACAGCCCAUACUCCUUCAAGCAGAAACCAAGGGCGGGUGUGGAGUGCGGUGACAACAUGCUGUCGAUCCUCAUCUCAAGGGACAACCCCACGCUCCUGCUGUGCGUCACUGGUAACCGCGAUGAUUACCACUGAUGAGAGCACCGCGGAACAUUUCACAACAACGUGUUUGUGGUUCAACUUGCUCGGUCGUGCGUGAAGCAGAGUAUGCCAAGAGAACCUCUUGGGGAUUAGCCGUUUAGUAUGUACACAGAGUGCAGACAUUGUGUGCCAUCAGAAGAAGGAAUAAGG